AUGGCAUCACUUGUCCAGCACACCCCCGCGGCGUCCACAGCAAUACCCCUCACACAGAACACCGCGCCCGUGAUUGAGUUUCGCUGCCUAUUCACUUCAGAUAUCCGACGAAAACAGAAGCGCUGGCAAGAUGGUCUCCUCAAGUUUCACACAUUCAACAAACGGGUGAUGGUGUAUGACGAAAGACUGAACUUCGUGGGCGAUACGCACUGGCACGACUACCAUAUUGAUGAGGGCGAGGAGCUGGAGCUGGAUCGGGCCGCGGUGCUGGUUCAAGUUGCCGAUUGUUUGGGGAGUAGGGAUCAAGAUUUAACGGAGCUACUAGACCAUCGCACAAAGCAGAGGGAAGAGAGGGCGGCAGUGAGAAGACCGAGUUCAUCGCCAGCUGAGGUGCCAUUUGACAACUUACGGAUCGCAAGACAACCCACCGCCUACUCGAAACUAUCGCAGAAACCGCUAAGCGCUCUACUCGGGACACCAACUGGCCACCAUGGAAGAGCAUUGCUUCCGACUACUUCGCCGUUUGAGGACAGGCAAAAAGAACAACGGCAAGAGAGAGACGCACAGGAACGGCCAUCUAAGCGUAGGAAAGCUGAGUCUACGUAUUCGAAGGCCGGCUAUGCGCAGAAUUUAACGGGAGCGAUGCUCGACCUAUCUUCGACGCCGCACAGUACUGCUCCUCUUCGGCGGGAACCGUUAUGGUCCAAGACUUCGCGACGACAGGAGGGAGUUGAGAGUUCGAAAGAGGAAUCCCAUGAAGUGGACCUUCUUUUGAGGGGAUUUCAGGAGCUGCCCAGACAGAAACGGAGACAAUGGCAGCCGCUGGAAAAGAAGGCUAAGUCUGGCUUUGCCCAAACCUUGACCGGAGCUGUUUUAGACCUAUCGUCAACUCAAAAUACGAAUGCUUUUCUGCGACAUCAUCUCCCAUCCACGCGAAACAUGGGGAGGGGUGCACCUUUGGAGAGCAUCCCUGAUAGAGGAAGGCAUCAGCAGUCGAGAAACGAAACGGUCCGGCCAAAUGUGUUGCAAACACCCGUCGUUGAAAAGCAAAGUACAAAUCAAAUGAAAGCUAAAAAGAGCGCGGGGUCUCUCAAAAAAUCUCGAGCCGGAAAUCCAUCGGUUACUGGUCCCAAAGGGGGACAGACCACUCCUGGAGAAGUACAACAGCGAGAUAGUGUUAGCGCCUCUGAUGAGUUUCUGGUUAUCGAUGACGACUUCAUCGACAUUGACGACAUAGAACAGGCCUGUCGUCCCCAGCAUUCUUCAAUAAGCAAGAGUAAUGAUGCCCGCGAAGGCGGCAGCGACUUGCAUGCGAUAUCUAUCUCUCCGUCUCCCCAAGUGCCUCCGCCAGAAGACUAUAGGAGGCCAGUAACUAUAGUACCUAUCAAAGCUUCCGAGCCUGACCCGGACGUGGCGAAUGGCCCGCCUGAGACAGUUGGCUCCAUCCGUCUCAAAUCCAGACCAAAAAGGAAGAUGUUACUUUUAAACGAUAGUAGACAGCCACAACCGUCUCCCGUCCAGGCCAGUCCCAGGCCCAUUCCGCCAGCGGAAGAUGUUGAUCCAGAGCAGUCACAGGCAACGAAGAAGUUGGAUGCAUUCCAUGCACAACAGAAGGAACAGCUGAGAGCACGGGCUGUGAAACGAAAAGCUGAUGUUGAACAGGACGACGAGGGGGCAUCUGCAGCUGAUAAUUCAUCUGAUAGAAAUAGAGGUCUUGACGGUAAAGUUGUCGGCGCUUUGCCAUCCAAGCCAGAUAUUUCCGUCCCUAAAGUCCCCAAAGAAACCCUAUCCCGCCAACCACAGUCGGAACGAAUAGUACGGCAAGAUCACUCGACUGCGGUUAAAGAGCCUCCCCUUCUUCCAACCAAGGGUACUUCAGGUCGAAUCUCACGUCGAUCGCCGGAAACAGCACCUCAAUCUUCGGAGCCUGCAUUCAAACAGCUGAGAAAUGUCGCUGAUAAACUCGCAUUGGCCCAGGGAGUAGCAUUACAAACUACUUCCAUUAAGCCAUGUGUUCCAAUCAGACGAGGGACGACGCCAGAAGUGAAAGCUCCCCAGACUAGGACAGCAGACGCGAAAGUUCCUCGGACCAGAACGAGUAACAGGAGACGGACAGAGGUCUCUCCAAUUGCAACUACUACGUUAACAGCGACCACAUCUUCGCCGAAGGAUCUUCCCGUGGACGCUCCUCCCAAAAGAUCCCAGAUUACAAAACCCCAACUACUGAUGACCAACAAAACAGCUCGUAGCAAGAUAGUCGUGGGCUGGGUUGGUGCUCCCAAAGAGCCGGUUGUGAUUCAAACCCUCCCAGUCCAGGUGCCACAGAGGCGUGAAGCAAGCGACGUCAGUUGGGGCGUGGCGCAGCAUAGGGUUGCUGCACAGGACGUUGAAACGUCCCGGUUUGUCCCGGCGAAAGCGCAGCCACUGCAAGAUAUUUCAUUGCGACGAAGACCACCGAUUGCGUGCAAGAACGCGGGGAAGGUGGCGGAGAGCGGGGGUCCUCCAGUGCGCAGUGGUUCUGGACCUUGGAGUCGCGAGGCGUUUGAUCUGUUUGAUUGGAGACCUGGUGAGAUUGGCUGA